GGCGGGGCCACAGUGCGAGCCGGCGCCCGGCGCCCACCAAGCUGCAGCCGCUAACGUGCGGCGCCUGUCCCCGCCGUCCCCGCAUCGCGCACUGGUUCCCCUGCGGGCCGAGCCUCAUCGGCUACGGUCCAGGUUUUCUUUAUUUUUAUUUUUUGGAUGCAUUCAUUUUCUGUUCUGUCUCGUCCCUUCUAAGGUGGCGGCGACGGCGACAGCAGCGUAGGCGCGCGCUGGGAGGGGGCGGCCGGAGAAUGCAGCGCCUGGCUGCUGCUCGGCUCGGGUCGGAGCGUCAAGCAGGGUGAAGUUUCCAGGCUGGGGCCUCAGCAGCAGGAGGUCCCUCCAGCACUCUGAAGAGUGGAGCUUUGAGAUCAGGUGUCUGUGGGUUGUGUUCUUGAGAAUCACAAGUGAUGGUGUGCACAGUGGAUGAGUGGGGCCCUGCACGACUGGUUGGCUCAGUGGAGCUGGUAGCUGUGCUUGCUGGCGGCCGGGCGUGAACCUCAGGACCUCGACGUCUCACUCCAAGAGGGAAACAUGUCUAAAAAGGGCCGUGGCAAGGGUGAGAAGCCUGAGGCGGAGACGGACUCUGUGCAGAUGGCCAAUGAAGAGCUACGCGCCAAGCUGACCAACAUCCAGAUCGAGUUCCAGCAGGAGAAGAGCAAGGUGGGCAAGCUGCGGGAGCGUCUGCAAGAGGCCAAGCUGGAGCGUGAGCAAGAGCAGCGGCGCCACACGGCCUAUAUCUCGGAACUCAAGGCCAAGCUACAUGAGGAGAAGACGAAGGAGCUGCAGGCGCUGCGUGAGGCGCUCAUCAGGCAGCACGAACAGGAGGCAGCGCGGACCGCCAAGAUCAAGGAGGGCGAGCUGCAGCGGCUGCAGGCCACGCUGAAUGUGCUGCGCGAUGGCGCCGCAGACAAAGUCAAGACCGCGUUGCUGGCCGAGGCGCGCGAGGAGGCGCGCAGGACCUUUGAUGGCGAGCGCCAGCGGCUGCAGCAGGAGAUCCUGGAGCUGAAGGCGGCGCGCAAACAGGCCGAGGAGGCACUCAGCAACUGCAUGCAGGCGGACAAGGCCAAGGCUGCCGACCUGCGCGCCGCGUACCAGGCGCACCAAGAUGAGGUGCACCGCAUCAAGCGGGAGUGUGAGCGUGACAUCCGCAGACUGAUGGACGAGAUCAAAGGGAAGGAGCGGGUGAUCCUGGCCCUGGAGAAGGAGCUUGGUGUGCAGGCUGGGCAGACCCAGCGGCUGCUGCUGCAGAAGGAGGCCCUGGAUGAGCAGCUGGUCCAGGUCAAGGAGGCUGAACGCCACCACAGCAGCCCAAAGAGGGAGCUCCCUCCUGGCAUUGGUGACAUGGCGGAGCUUAUGGGUGGCCAGGAUCAACAUAUGGAUGAGCGAGAUGUGAGGCGAUUUCAGCUGAAAAUUGCUGAACUGAAUUCAGUGAUUCGGAAGCUGGAAGACAGGAACACCCUGCUGGCCGAUGAGAGGAAUGAACUGCUGAAGCGCUCUCGAGAGACGGAGGUGCAGCUGAAGCCUCUGGUGGAGAAGAACAAGCGAAUGAACAAGAAGAACGAGGAUCUGCUGCACAGCAUCCAGAGGAUGGAGGAGAAACUCAAGAGCCUCACAAGGGAGAAUGUGGAGAUGAAAGAAAAGCUGUCUGCUCAGGCCUCGCUGAAGCGACACACAUCCCUGAAUGACCUCAGCCUGACCAGGGAUGAGCAGGAGAUCGAGUUCCUGAGGCUGCAGGUGCUGGAACAGCAGCAUGUCAUCGACGACCUCUCACUGGAAAGAGAACGCCUGCUGCGCUCCAAGAGGCAUCGAGGAAAGAGCCUGAAGCCCCCCAAGAAGCAUGUUGUGGAGACAUUUUUUGGAUUUGACGAGGAGUCCGUGGACUCGGAAACAUUGUCAGAGACAUCCUACAACACAGACAGGACAGACCGGACCCCAGCCACGCCGGAAGAGGACUUAGAUGAGACCACAACCAGAGAAGAGGCUGACCUGCGGUUCUGCCAGCUGACCAGGGAGUACCAGGCCCUGCAGAGGGCUUAUGCCCUGCUUCAAGAGCAGGUGGGGGGGACACUGGAUGCUGAGAGGGAGGCCAGGACUCGGGAGCAGCUUCAGGCUGAUCUGCUGAGGUGCCAGGCCAAAAUCGAGGACUUGGAGAAGCUGCUGGUUGAGAAGGGACAGGAUGCUGCAUGGGUAGAGGAGAAGCAGGUACUCAUGAGGACAAACCAGGACCUGCUGGAGAAGAUUUACAGGAUGGAAAUGGAGGAGAACCAGCUGAAGAGUGAAAUGCAAGACGCCAAGGACCAGAACGAGCUGUUAGAAUUCAGAGUGCUAGAACUCGAAGAGAGAGAGCGGAGGUCGCCAGCCUUUAACCUCCAAAUCACCACCUUCCCCGAGAACAACAGCAGCGCUCUCCAGCUAUUCUGUCACCAGGAAGGAGUAAAGGGUGUGAAUAUCUCUGAACUUAUGAAGAACUUAGAUAUCCUUGGCGAUAACGGGAAUUUGAGGAAUGAAGAGCAGGUUGCAGUAAUCCAAGCGGGAACUGUGCUUGCCCUGUGUGAAAAGUGGCUGAAGCAGAUAGAGGGAACAGAGGCGGCCCUCACCCAGAAGAUGAUAGACCUGGAGAAGGAGAAGGACCUGUUCAGCAGGCAGAAGGGCUACCUGGAGCAGGAACUGGACUACCGGAAGGAAGCCCUUGACCAGGCCUACCUGGUAGGACCAGAAAAAAUCCAGGACCUGGAGGCCACCUUGUACAAUGCAUUGCAGCAGGAGCCAGGGCGGAGGGCCAGCGAGGCACUGAGUGCCAGCCAGCGAGAGGACCUCCAGGCAGCUGUAGAGAAGGUUCGCAGACAGCUCCUGCGUCAGAGCCGAGAAUUUGACAGCCAGAUCCUGAGGGAGCGAAUGGAGCUGCUGCAGCAGGCCCAGCAGAAAAUCCGGGAGCUGGAGGGCAAGCUGGAGCUGCAGAGGCGCCAGCUCAAGGAGCUGGAGGAGAAGCAUUCAUUCUGUGGCCUUGACGACUCCCAUGCGCCGAGAACUCGGGCUAGACAAAGAGCUUUUGGAAUCACCUGAGUCCCCGUGGCACCCCAUCCUCACUCAAACCAAAAUUCAACAGUGCAACAAGCUAUUCAAAGCCCGGAGCCUGAACACAGAACUUAUGCACACUUGACAGUCACUUAAAGGGGAGGCCUGGGAACCUGGCCAGCCUCUACUGUGGAGCUCUGCAGGACAAUGGCAAACCUCCCCAGUGUCCCCACUGUGACAUCUUCAAGAGCCAAAGGCUAAGAUGGAUCUGGAUGGCAGGAAUUUAAGUGCAAUUAGCAGAAACCCAGGGCAGGAGAGCUGCUGCCUUGGGGGACAGGUGCAAGCCCUGUCCCCAUGCUGUGUGCCUCCCCGAGGGCACUCUGUGUGCCUAGAUGGAUACAGACGCUUCCUGUGCCCUGUGUACAUAAAUCUCCAUGGACUGGGUGUGUUCUUCUGGAGUCUGUCUGCCAGAGCAACCAACAAAACCUCUGACUCCAUGCACAGCUGGACUUGCAGCUGACAGCCAGCAAAAGAGAGUUAGAAUUGCCAAUGUGGGGACCCUGUAGAGUGUAGAUUUCUGAGGAGAGCUGAAGGUCCCUUCACACAUAGGUGUGACCCUGCAUAAGUCCCAGAGCAUGGCCGAGCCUCAGACCAGGGGAGAGUGAGGAUUGAGAGGGCAGACCCAAGGUGUCUGUUGUAAUUUGUAGGGGCAUCCUAAAAAGGAACCCAGGCUGGUAGAACAGUAGUCAGAGGCUCUGAGUUCUGAGGUCUGAGGCCAGGGCACCCUUUUACCACAGAGCCUUCACUGCCCAGGAUCCUCAGUAGAGAGCAGAGUCAUCUCCUCAGGUGUUGGAGCCUCCCCAGAGCACAGGGGGUAGAAGAGGGGUGGUGCACCCUAAUUUUACUGAGAGCUAGAUGCUAGAAGUUGUCUUCCGGAGGAAAUUCCUCAUGAAGUAACUUUAGUGUGCUCCUGUCAAUCUAGGGCAGGUACAGUGGGUCACCUCCAAAAGGUAUCUGCCCAUGUGGCUACAUUCUCCCAAACUUGGGGUGGGGAGAAUGUUAGCCAUCAGAUUUACAGAGUGAAAAAAAGGACAGGCUAUUGAAUCUGUGGAGGAGCUUGUGAUGAGUUGAGAUACGUGAUGUAGUGGCAUCAGGCCGGAUGAAGCCUCUUGCUGUGUAGUUAUUGGACCAAUUGGGUGGCACCAUGAUUUUCUGUAAGCAAGCAGAAAAGACUGGAGUUCAGAUCUGGUCCAUUGAGGGAACUAUGAUGCAGGGACCUGACAGCGUAUGGAAGCCAGAUCCAAAGACAGAAAGAAGCAAGGACAGUGCUACGGGCUUUCCAGACAGGAGGUCGUUUCAGAAGAUGUGAAGCCUCAAGAUUGAAGCAAACACACCAGAUGGCUCAGAAGUGUUCAUUCUCUGCUGAAAUCUGAAUCCCCUAACACCUAUGACACACAAGCUCAGCCUCUGUGACUUACCAAUACCCACUAGCUUAAUUAAAUUCCAAGGAACCUA